UGUGAAAGAGAAGGCAAAAAACAGAGAGCUUGUGACAGGGAGAGAAUAACAGAGAACGACAGUCUUUAUAUCAGAUACUUUUACAAGACAAUGGCCUCUGCUUCUCUUCUCAAGUCAGCCCCAGUUUUAGGCAAGCCAGAAUGGCUGAAGGGCCAAGCUCUUCCCCAACCUUCAGCCUCUGUGGUCAGAUGCAACCCAGUUGCCUCUUCUGCUCUUACUGUGAGAGCUACCAGCUCAUAUGCUGAUGAGCUUGUCAAAACCGCAAAAACUGUUGCGUCUCCGGGGCGUGGAAUUCUGGCCAUGGAUGAAUCAAAUGCUACUUGUGGUGGGAAAAGACUUGCCUCCAUUGGACUGGAAAACACUGAGGCUAAUCGCCAGGCAUACCGGACGCUGCUCGUUACAGUUCCCGGGCUUGGGCAGCACAUCUCAGGUGCCAUCCUCUUUGAGGAGACACUCUACCAAUCCACAACUGAUGGCAGGAAAAUUGUUGAUGUGCUUGUUGAGCAGAACAUUGUCCCCGGCAUUAAGGUCGACAAGGGUCUGGUUCCUUUGGCCGGAUCAAACAACGAGUCAUGGUGCCAAGGUCUUGAUGGCCUUGCCUCUCGCUCUGCUGCUUAUUACCAACAGGGUGCUCGUUUUGCAAAAUGGCGAACCGUUAUUAGCAUUCCAAAUGGCCCAUCUGAACUGGCUGUGAAGGAAGCAGCCUGGGGUUUGGCUCGUUAUGCUGCCAUCUCUCAGGACAAUGGUUUGGUACCAAUUGUUGAGCCAGAGAUCUUGCUUGAUGGAGAUCAUGGGAUUGACAGGACCUUUGAAGUGGCUAAGAAAGUGUGGGCAGAGGUGUUCUUCUACCUCUCCCAGAACGAUGUCUUGUUUGAAGGCAUUCUUCUCAAGCCAAGCAUGGUCACUCCUGGUGCAGAGGCCAAGGACAGAGCCACACCAGAACAAGUUGCUGACUACACCCUCAGGCUCCUCCGCCAACGAAUCCCCCCUGCCGUCCCGGGAAUCAUGUUUUUGUCUGGUGGGCAGUCAGAGGUAGAGGCUACAUUGAACCUGAAUGCAAUGAACCAAGCUCCCAACCCAUGGCACGUAUCGUUCUCAUAUGCAAGAGCCCUCCAAAACACUUGCCUUAAGAAGUGGGGAGGAAGACCUGAGAAUGUGAAGGGGGCUCAAGAAGCUCUGCUAGUCAGGGCAAAGGCCAACUCUCUUGCUCAGCUUGGAAAAUACACAGGUGAAGGGGAGUCUGAGGAAUCAAAGCAAGGCAUGUUUGUCAAGGGCCACGUUUACUAGGCUUAGAUUAGCUGCUAAAUCCUCCAAUUAACCAUGUAAAUCAAGUUGUUUACGAGAUUGAGAUUAAUAUAAGGGUUUUUAUC